AUGGCGGAAGCGGAGGCGAGCAAGAGCCCGAGCCCGGCCGAGGAGGGCGCGGAGCUCGCGGCCGUUAUCGGCGCCACCGUGCCCACCGGCUUCGAGCUGACGGCGGCCGAGGAGGUGCAGGAGAAGCUGGGCUCGGCCUCCAGGAUCAGCAGGGACCGGGGGAAGAUCUACUUCGAGGUCCCGGCCCGGGGCCUGCCGCAGGUCCAUCGUCUAAGAUCGGUGGAUAAUUUAUUUGUUGUUGUUCGGGAGUUCAAAGACUAUCAAUUCAAAGAAAACAAGGAAGAUGCUCUAAAGGAUUUGGAAGAUUUGGUUAAAAAACUGCCUUGGACUGAUCCGUUGAAAGUUUGGGAGCUGAACAACAGCUUAAAAAAGAAAAAGACAAAACGCAAAAAACAUAAUCUGCAGAGCACUGCAAGCAAAGAGAAGUUGAAUGACGAUGGAGAAGAGGAAAGAACAGAUCAAAAAGAUGCUAGUAAACAGGAGGACUGUGCCCAAAAUGCUGCAGGGGUGGAAGCCGCUGGCAGCCAGGAUACAGAAAAGACACAAGGAGUGGCAUCCCGAAACGGGGAGGAGGAGGAGGAUGAUAAUGAACAAUCAGAUGCUAAAGACGAAUUGCAGGUGGGUUCUGGGAGCGAGACCAAGGCUAGCGACGGCAAGACAAGCGAAGGAGAGGCGAAGGUGUUGAAGUUCCGUGUUACGUGCAAUAGAGCAGGAGACAAGCACAGUUUCACAUCAAACGAGGCUGCAAGAGACUUCGGCGGAGCUGUGCAGGAGCACUUCCAGUGGAAAGCUGACAUGACUAACUUCGAUGUAGAGGUUCUUCUGAAUAUUCACAAUAAUGAAGUAGUUGUGGGCAUUGCAUUAACUGAAGAGAGUCUUCACAGAAGAAAUAUUACACAUUUUGGACCCACAACUCUUCGUUCAACUCUCGCUUAUGGCAUGCUUCGACUCUGUGAUCCACAGCCAACAGAUAUCAUAGUUGAUCCCAUGUGUGGUACAGGUGCAAUACCAAUAGAGGGAGCUACAGAAUGGCCUAGCUGCUACCAUAUUGCUGGUGAUAACAACCCACAAGCUGUAAAGAGAGCAGCAAACAACAUCUGUUCUUUGCUAAAGAAAAAUGAGAAUAAGGAAAGCAGUACUUCCCUGGGCAUACCCUUAGACAUCAUUCAGUGGGAUAUUUGCAAUCUCCCUUUGCGAACUGGUUCUGUGGACAUUAUUGUGACAGACAUGCCAUUUGGAAAGAGGAUAGGGUCAAAGAAGAAGAACUGGGAUCUCUAUCCAGCCUGCCUUAUGGAGAUGGGCCGGAUCUGCACACCAGGGACAGGCAGGGCUGUGCUGCUUACGCAGGACAAGAAGUGCUUUGCCAAGGCCUUGUCACGAAUGGGACACAUUUGGCGCAAAGGUCAGACUGUAUGGGUGAACGUAGGGGGACUUCAUGCUGCAGUGUAUCUUCUGAAACGCACCUGGGAAAGAGCAGAAGAAAAAAGAUCAUUCUGGUAGCCUGCAAGGAAGAAGACAAGAGACACCUCCAGAAUUGGUUGAAUAGCAGCCUGGUAAAGCAGAUAUGAGAGCAUAGGUCUGUCAAUUCCUGAGGGGCAAAAAAACCCAAACAACCUAUGUAGAAAUUGUGUAACGUGAAUAUUAAACCAGGGAUCAACUUGAGAGCUA